AUUUGCUCUGCUCGACUGCUUGUUUCGAUUCGCUCGUUGAUUGGAUUUGGAAUGAUGGAAGAGGACGAUGAUUACGUGGAGUAUGUUCCAGUGGCGAAGCGUAGAGCAAUGGAAGAGCAGAAGAUUCUUCAAAGGAAGGGGAAUGUGUUGGAGCUGGAGGAGGAAGAAGCCGAGAAAGAGAAGCUCGCAGAAUCCAAACCAAGCUUGCUAGUUCAAGCAACUCAGCUCAAGAAAGACGUACCCGAAGUUAGUGCAACAGAGAAAAUUAUACUACAAGAGAAGGAGAUGAUGGAGCACUUGUCAUCUGGAUAUUUUAUUCACCGUCAAAGAGGAUACUCAACUCUAGUGAUACUCUGA